AUGUCGCCUGUUAUAAAGACAGUCCCCUUCCAACCACCCAAGAGGACCUCACAGCCCAAAGCAGACGCGCCAUGGCACCAGUACCUCACUAUCGACCUGAUAUGGUACGUGCUAGGCUAUACGCUCUUCCACCCGUUUGUGUCGUGGGUCGUCGUGCUGUGUCUGCGCGCGCAGUACACCAAGUAUGAGGCGCCAGAGAUGCGCAUCGCAAUAGCCUGGUCUAUUGCGAUGAGCGCGAUUGGCAUCUUUGGCAUUGUCAGCGACAGGAUAGCAUUUGGCCCGCACAGAGAGGUGGAUUUGAGUGAAGAGGUGAUCGUCAUCACAGGCGGUGUUGAAGGCCUCGGUGGGCUGUUGGCCGAUACUUAUGGAAUGAGGAAUGCCAAUGUUGCUGUGCUGGACCUGAAGACCGUGGACGCGGCCGAAGCAGAGGCAAAGGGCGUGAAAUAUUACCAAUGCGACGUGGGUGAUGCCCAGCAGGUGGAGGCUGCGGCGGCGAAGAUCCUCAAAGAUCUCGGCCCUCCUACGAUUCUGAUCAACAACGCCGGCAUCGUCCACACAAAGUCGAUCCUCGAAUCAACCGCCGCCGAAGUCGAACAAACCUUCCGCGUUAACACCCUCUCACACUUCACGACCCUCCGCGCCUUUCUCCCACACAUGCUCGCCGAAGGCUGCGGCACCGUUGUCACCGUCUCCUCCGUGCUCGGCCACCUGGGCGCCGCGAAUCUCUCCGCAUACUGCGCAUCCAAAGCCGCGCUCCUCGCUCUCCACCACUCGCUGCGAGCCGAGCUCGAGAACACACCCGGCGCGGACCAGAUCAAGACGAUUCUAGUGCAGCCUGGGCAGAUGAGCACGAAGAUGUUCGAGCAUGUGCACGCACCAAGCAAGUUCUUUGGGCCGAUUGUCACACCCGCCGAGAUGGCACAGGGCAUCAUCAAGCUGGUGGACAGGGGCGAGAGCGGAGAAGUUACGCUGCCGCUCUACUCGCGGUACAUUCAGGUUUUGGGAUGCCUGCCGUAUGGGAUACAACACCUUGUCAGGAGGUGGAGUGGCUUGAACACGGCCGUCGAGGUUGGGAGGAGAGGGAAUCAGGUGGAGCAGGUUCAGGAGAAGAAGUAA